UUUAACUACCUAAUUUUAUUAUGUUUUGUAUAUUUUUAUUAUGUUUUGUAUAUUUUAGAAACUAUGCAGAAUGCUGUUUUGUAUAGAAAUUAACCAAGUCCAGAAAUAAUUGCUGGAUAAAAAAUCUGUUUGAAACUGAAGCUGAUUCUGUUAAAACAUUUGGUACCAUGUCAACUCUUGCAAAGAUCAUUUGGAUCUUUCUGACAAUUCAAUGGACUCUUAUUUUAGCUGCAGAAGCCCAAAACGUUCAUUUCGAUUUCCCUUCCUCUGAUGAUGAUGAUGAUAUUGAAUUACUUGGAGACACUCAUCUCUCCGAGUCUGGGCAGGGAAUUGAACUGACAAAGAGUAGGCUUCACGACAAUUUCAAUUGGAGCGUGGGUUGGGCGGUUUACAAAAGACCAGUUGAAAUAUGGAGUAAAUCUUCUGGUGCCCUUGCAAGCUUUCAAUCCUACUUCCAGUUCAAACUAUACCGCGGAACUCAAACCAAAAUGGACUAUUAUGCUGAUGGUCUUGCAUUCUUCAUGGCUCCUCUGGGAUCCCAACCACCACAAAACGGAUCAGGUAUGUGGCUUGGACUGUUCAACAGUACAACCAAUGGUAAAUCAUCGACCCAAAAAGUUGCCAUUGAAUUUGAUACAUUCAGAAACACAAUAAUAGAUAAAUUCUUUGGCGUCAAUCCGCAUGAUCCGGAUGAUAAUCAUGUGGGGUUAGAUAUCAAUAAUAUCACUUCUGUGAAGACUGUUUCUUUGUCUCAGAGGCUUAACAGUGAUCAAAGUUGGGAAGUUUGGAUAGAUUAUGAUGGGCAACUUAAGCGGCUCCAGGUGUUUAUGGCUCAAAACAGAUCAAACUUCACUUCUCCUCGUCCUCAACAUCCAACGCUGACCUACUCUUUAAACCUCUCAGAUUUUCUUCCUGAAAAGGUCACAAUUGGCUUCUCUGCUUCAACAGGGCUUUCCAACCAGAUGCACAAUCUUAUCUCAUGGAAUUUCUCAAGCCAAAACAGUUGGAAUCAUGAUAAAGGACGACUUUCCGUUAUAAUCAUAUCUCUAGUGGUUGUGUUCGGGGCCGUGGUCGCGGUUAUACUUACCAUAAGCGCUGCAUUCCACAAGCUUAACAAUAAGAAAAGAGUGCUAUUGGAUAUAGACUUAAACAAUCCAGAUACCAACGUUCUGAAGAGUGAUGGAGUUUUAGAAAGUGUUGAUGAGGAUAAAAGUCCAAAUAGAAGCCCUCGGGUGUACAGUUAUGAUGAACUAAGUAGAGCAACUGCUAGCUUUAGCCAAGAUUUACUACUUGGACAGGGAGGAUUCGGAAGGGUCUACAAAGGAAGUCUGGAGGAUGGAGAAAUUGUGGCGGUGAAAAGAAUUUAUCAGAACUCUCAGGAAGGGCUUAAACAAUAUGAAUCAGAAAUUGCAACAAUUGACAACUUGUCCCAUCCUAAUUUAGUUCCCCUUUGGGGAUGGUGUCACGACAGAAAUGGCGAACUUCUUCUUGUUUACCAAUAUAUGUCCAAUGGCAGUCUGGACAAAUAUUUGUUCGCAGGAGAAGCUCGGAUUCGGCCUUUGAGUUGGAAUGAGAGAUUCAGUAUAGUCUGCAACUUAGCUUCGGUUCUUCACCAUCUCCACGUGGAAUCGAGCCCCCGAAUUCUGCAUAGAGACAUCAAAUCUAGCAAUAUAAUGUUGGACUGCAACUUUGUGGCAAGGCUUGGAGACUUUGGUCUGGCUCGGCUGAUGGAGCACGAUAACACGUCUCGCUACACAAAACCUGGUGGCACAAUGGGCUAUAUUGCGCCAGAGUGUUUUCAAACAUUGAGGGCUAGCUCGGAAUCGGAUGUCUUCAGCUUUGGUGCAGUGGCUCUGGAAAUUGCCUGUGGAAGGCCCGCGUUUGACAGAGAUCUUACGUUUUGUAAUAUGAGUUUGGUCAACUGGGUUUGGAGUCUGCAUGAAAUGGGACACAUACUUGAUGCAGCUGAUAAAUUGCUUGAUAAGGAAAGAGAUGGUGCGCAAAUUGAAAGGUUGAUGCUCGUUGGAUUGUGGUGCUCUAUCCAUGACUACAGACAGAGACCAAGAAUGCAGCUAGUUCUGGAAGCCUUAAAGUUUGAAGCUGAAGUGCCUAUGCUCCCGUGCAGAAUACCUGGAGAGCCUCAUUGAUCUAUGAAAGUGAGGUUGAAGUUUUCACAUGUUUGAGCUAUAUAUAUUACCUGUGAUAUAUGUAGGUGAUUUAGUCUUUUUUUAGCCAUUCCUGUGAGAUAAGAGUGUUAGAGACUAUAAUUCCGACUGCUCAAUUAAAUCUGCCAGCUAUUCUUGUCAUGUCCGUAUCUUCCAUAUCUGCAGUCUAUACG